AAUAUCCAUAUUGUCAACACCUUCACCGUUUUGUUAUGAAGGAAAUUUAUUACAUAAACCGUAUUUUAAUUGAUAAUCGAAUGGAUUGAGUAGUUAAUGAUGGGUGGAACUGAUAAUAGUUGUCGGCUGUGUCUCGGCGAUUUCGACGAUAAUUUAUUAUCAAUAUUUUCAAAUUCCAUCAGCGAUGGACCUUCGCUCUCUACCAAGAUCAUGAUCUGCUUAUCUCUUCCGAUUGAGCCUGAUAAUUCAUUUUCUACAAAAAUCUGUCAAGAUUGCCACCAAGAAAUCUCACGUUUCUACGACUUCAGGGAUAAAUGCCUCAGAACUCAUUAUAACUUAUCCCGAAUUCGCGAAAGUUGCAAUAAUUCCGAAAGCUGUCUCAUCAAUACAAAAACUGGGGAUUCAUCAGCAUCGGAUAGUGAACGUGUAAUAAAUCAAGAAGUUGGCUCUCCACAGCCAUUACUUCCAUCAUCAAGUGAGAUCAAGCAGGACCAGACUAUUCCCCUUAAACCAGAAUCUCAGAAUACGAUUUACGAAUACAAAUGUCUCCACUGCAACAGUUUAUUUCCCGACUUGGAUGCAGCAUCGGUGCACUGCAUGCAGUGCAGUGAUGCGCCUCAAGGGAUCGACCUCUCAUCAGAAAAUGUCAAUCUAAAGAACCAAACACCAGACAAUGGAGAUCUCAAAGACAGCAUUCAAUCUGGUCCUGAAGAAUCAGCUCCACCACCAUCGAAACCACCUCCAAGAGCAAAAAAAAACAAUAAAGUUGAAUGCUCAGAGUGCAGUCAUAAAUUCUUGAAUGCAUCUCUCUUGAAACGUCACAUGUCAGUGCACACUGGAGAGCGUCCAUUCACCUGCGAGACCUGCAACAGAAAAUUCUCACAGCUGGGACAAUUGAAUUUUCACCGAAAAUUCCACGUGAACCCCCGAUACCGCUGCCAAGUCUGCGAAAAACCCUUCCUUCGUCCCAGCGACAUAGAAAAACACAUGAGAACGCAUACAGGUGAGAAACCGUUUGCCUGCAAAAUCUGCGACAAAUCUUUCGCCCAAUUGGUAGCUCUGAAGCUGCACGAGAGAGUUCACACUGGUGACAAGCCCUAUGUCUGUGAAAUUUGUGGGAAAAAAUUCUCGCAAAAAGCGAAUAAAACAAAACAUUUGAAAAUUCAUAAGGAGGGGAUGAAGCCCCACACUUGUGGAGUCUGUGGACGAAGUUUUCAUGAGCAUGAGGAAAUGGUACUGCACAGGGCGGGACAUGGGGGUGGAAAACCGAGGAAAUGUGAUCAUUGUGAUGAGAGGUUCAGGAAACUGUCGGAAUUGACUGAUCAUGUUAGGAGGUAUCACACCUUUGAGAGACCUCACAAAUGUGCUUUUUGUUCUAAGGCAUUUUACUCUCUGUAUAAUCUCAAACAACAUGUCAUGAUUCAUACCGGUCAGAAACCAUUUCCCUGUGGAUUAUGUCAAUUGAAGUUCACGCAGAAAGGAAAUUUAAUGAAGCAUUAUGAGAGAAAGCAUAAAACCACUGGGCCAAUAUCAGAAGACAAUGAUAACAUUAAAAAUGAUACGUAAAUCACUAGUUGAUAACAUUA